AUUUCAAUAUGGGUUGUGGAUCUAGUAAACAUGAAGAAGUAGACAAUCCAAAUAAGAGUAGUUAAAUUGAUUUUAAGUUUAGUUAAGGAUGUUGCUCAUUUCUAAAUUUCUUCAUCAGGUAUGGUUGCUGAGAAACAUGGAUCAAUAACAAAUGAAUACACUUUGCUUAAGCCUCCAAUUGGAAAGGGUUUAUAUAAAGUAAUAUUAUUAGGGGCUUUUGGAGAAGUUCGAAAGGGGAUUCAUAAAGUCACAAAUUAAAUAAGAGCUAUAAAAGUAAUUUCGAAAGAGAAAGCAAAUGCAAUUGAAGUAGAAAGAUUAAGAAUAGAGAUUGAAAUUUUAAAGAGAUUAGUAUAAGUUAAUAGAAAUGAUAGGAUCAUCCGAACAUAAUAAAGAUUUAUGAAUUCUACUAAGAUAAUAAAAACAUAUAUAUAGUGACAGAAUUAUGUACUGGAGGGGAACUUUUUGAUAAAAUAUAAGACUAGCAAGCUUUUUCAGAAAGAAAGGCAGCAGAAACAAUGAAAUAGAUACUUAGUGCUGUUAAUUAUCUACACAAAAGUAAGAUAGUACAUAGGUUUAAUAAUGUUAAUAAUGAGAUAGAGACUUAAAACCAGAGAAUAUAUUAUAUGAGGCAAAUAAACCAUAAGCACUUUUAAAGAUAGUAGAUUUUGGAACAAGUAGAGUGUUUGAAUCUGGAUAUAAAAUGAAUUAGAAAUUGGGAACUGUAUAUAUAAAUUUAAUUGAUUAUAAGCCUUAUUAUAUAGCACCUGAAGUAUUGGAGAGAAGAUAUGAUGAAAAAUGUGAUGUAUGGUCUUGUGGUGUGAUUUUAUAUAUUUUAUUAUGUGGAAUUCCACCCUUUAAUGGGGAAAAUGAUGAAGAAAUAUUAGAAAAUGUAAAAGAAGGUGAAUUAAGUUUUGAUGGAGAAGAAUGGAAUUAAAUAUCUUAUGAGGCUAAACUGUUAAUUAAGAAAAUGUUAGAACGUGAUCCUAAAAAGAGAAUAAAUGCUGAAUAAGCUUAAAGAGAUCCAUGGAUAACUACUUAUGUUAAAAAGACAGAAAUGAAUUUACCUUAAUUAACAAAAGUUUUAAAUAAUUUAAGAACUUUCAGAGUGGAAAAGAAAUUCUAAGAAGCUGCUUUGACUUUUAUGGUAAAUUAAAUGGCUACAAGUUAAGAGAAAUAAGAAUUAUUGUAAUAAUUUUAGGCUCUUGAUUUAAAUGGAGAUGGAAGACUAUCAAAAGAUGAAUUAAUAGUUGGUAUAAUUUUAAUAUAAUAUUCAAAAAAGGAUAUUCAAAAGUAAUGAGUUAUACUGAUGCAGAAUUAGAAGUAGCUAAAUUAAUGAAGUAUAUUGAUUAAGAUAAAAAUGGAAGUAUUGAUUACUCAGGUUUAUUAUUCAAAAAAUAUCUAAUAGAAUUUGUUUUAGCUACAUUUAAUAAAGUUAAGCUUUUAGAAGAUGCAAGAUUAGAAUAAGCAUUUAGAAUGUUUGAUAAAGAUGGAAGUGGUUCAAUUUCUAUUGAUGAAAUUAAAGGAAUAUUUGGAUCUAAUGAAACUGCUGUUAGUGAUGAAGUUUGGAAAGAAUUAUUGGCUGAGGUAGAUGCAAAUGGUGAUGGUUCUGUAUCAAUUACAUCUAAUUCAAGAUCUCUUUUUAGGAAUUUAAAGAAAUUAUCCUUAAAGCAAUCAAUGCUAAUCCUUCAGAUUAGAAACCUUAAAAAUGAC